AGAAAUUCAGGGGGCGCAUUCACCUGUUGUCGCUGACUGUGUUUACCAGACAAUAUUACCAGCUGAGGUUGCUUUAGGACUACCCAUACUGUAACGUAUACAGGUGCGGAAGGCCGUAUAUACAUCCAGGAGUUUUAUUCCAACCACAUCUCGGAAUCAUUGGAUUUAACUUUUUUUCUGACGGAUCCCAAAGACAGCUUCCAAAAUGAUGUCCAUGAUGACCAUGAUGCAUAUGAUGGCGAUGUAUUUUGUGACUGGCAAAGACCUGACAAACUUCUUGUUUAAGGGAUGGAACACGGAGGGUCAAACGUCGGGGUUAAUAGGCAUGUGUGCGGCUGUUCUUUUCGCCACGAUUCUCUUGGAAGCGUUGAGAACACUGAUGGUGUUUCUGUCGUUACGCAACUCACGGGCUCUUGGCCAGUCACAUUCCAAACAGAAAAUGGAGCCGUGUAAGAACCACUACAAUCUUGAAAUGGAGGAUGUUUCGGAGACGCAGUCAGCUAACAGAUUAGCCACGCAUGCGCUGUUGUCGUUGCUGCAAUUUUUCAGCAUGGGCUUGGCGUACAUUCUAAUGUUAGCGGUCAUGACUUUCAACGUCUGGAUCGGAAUCUCUGUCUUAAUAGGUACUUUCUUCGGUUAUUUCUUUUUCGGGGCAUUGCGAGACCACAUCCUGUGUGAUCGGGGGAAACAAACUCCCGAGAACAAGCCGAAAGAAGUCUUGUCCAGGUCAAACGUAGCUUACUCAGGCUCGUCGUCUGACAUACAUAUGUAAGGGAUAUAAUCACGGUGGCGGUUCUAACACCUCGCUUAUGGUGAUUGGAGUUACCUACACUUGUUUCAACACCCGCUUUCAGCACCUUCAUGGAACACUACAGAUCUUAAUAUGGUCAUUAGCAUGAAACGAGCACCCAUUAGUAUUGGAUUAUACGGUAACCAUGACAACUGUUAUUGUGUACAUGUCACUGGCAUAUUGCACAACGGAAUUAAUUUUCUUUCUUUUUCUUUCAUCUUCUUAACUUUCUGGUGGAUUAAUGAAUGUCGCAAAUCUAUAAAUGCGUACCCAAGUUCCGGGAUGGUUGUUUCAGGAUAAGUUGUUAGAGAUAUCAGUGUAAAUAGAGAAUAUUGCUGAUUGAGCAGAUGUCUGAGUGAGUGAAUGUGAACACUGUGGAAGCAUAGCGUAUGUGAGUAUUUACAUGAUAGCGAAUCAGGCUCGUACAUUUAUAACAAUGUCCAAUUACCCUCACUGUGGUGCUGUUGUCAUAAAAACUUUGCCCACAGACGUUAAGAGUUCUAGUAUAGAAAUGCAACGGGCGUAAAAAAUUUCGACUGACCUUGAUGAAUUUUUUUUCACAAUAUCGGAAAUGACGGGACACUGGGAAUAUCAAUAGUGUCAAAAGGUGUUGUAUAUCAAAGCUAGGUUAGGUGUCCAUGAAGCUAUGUGUGAAAGAUGAUAGGUGUCAAAUAUAUUGUCUGCAGAUUUGGCGAGUACCUUGCCCCCACGGUUAACGUCUUUGAGACCAUGUUAGCUCUUAGCGGUCAUUCACGAAAUCAAAUAACAUGAAGUUAUUUGGGGACAAGAUGCCUGCCAAUUGCGGCAAACUAUACAUGCACACUGACCUAGCUCUGUGGGUAAAUUGUCUGUUUGUGUGAAAGAUCUUCCGGUUACUUGCCAAAGGGUGGAGGUUUAUUCUGGAUUCAACGCCAAAGAAAUGAUUUCCGGGUGUUAGCGUGCAUCUAGAUGACAUCAAUCAUUUAAAAAUAUAUCAUUUUCACCUAAAAAGUACUGCGAUAUUUCUGAAAUUUCAGCAAUGAUAUUCACAUCACUUGUCGUCUUCUACAUUGUUGUUCACAUCAUUUGUCAUUUUUUUCACAAUGGUUUUGGCAUCACGUCAUUUUCAACAUUUUGUUUUUGCCUUAAAUGUCUUUGUCAGCUUUGUUUUCCAUCAAACGCGUCAUUGUUAAGAGGUUUUCUUUUGCAUCGAAUGCCUCUCAGACCUGCGAUGCUUUUGAUUUCCACGUCAUUGUCCAAAUUGUCACUUAAAGAUUCACAUUAAAAUAAAUGUUUCUCACUGUAACGAAUGUUCCACAUCAUAAUUAAUGUUACGCUUUGUAACAAAUGUUUUACAUAGUAUAGAAUGUUCCACAUUUUAACUAAAUGUUCCAUAUUAUAACUAAUGUUCCACGUUAUGACGAACGUUCCACAGUGUGAUUAAUAUGUUGCACUAUUAAUCUGUAAUCUGCCGUUCAUUUUUUGGGCAUUCAUAUUACCGAAGUUGUUCCCUUUAAUUGUUUCCGUUGUGAAUGUUCUGUAUGUUGACUAUUUCUUCGUUAUUCAUGCUUAAUUAAUACUUCUUCCAGACAAUACAUGUAUGAUAUAGAAACAAUAGAUAUGUACAACCAUGUUCUGUUAAACUGACUGUUUUGAAAUAGUAAAUACCUGUUCUUAGUUAUAAUUGUCACCGUGUAAAGCAUUUUUUGACUGUACUUUUGUUAGACUGUCGUUUUGGGGGUUCAUGUUUUAUCAUUUUAUUCCGCACAGGUUUCAGUGCGAAAAGGCUUCAGAACAAAAGGUUAUUUCAGAUCAAAAUACGCUUGCCUCAACUUUUUGACAUUUUUGUUUGACAAUUUCUUUCAUCGUCAGUGUGUUGGACUUGUAGACUUCAAUAUGACAUAUAUAGGCCUAUGGCUAUUUUUUGACAUUUUUGUUUGACAAUUUCUUUCAUGGUCACUGUUUUGGCCUUGUGGACUUCAAUAUGAGAUAUAUAUAGCUGAGUAUCACUAUAUUUUUUUAAAGACCCACCCGCCGAAUGAAAGUUAUCAGGCUCUACAAAAUUUCAUAUUCAUAUUGUUGUGCCCCUCACAAAAAAUGUUGGAUUUCAAACAUUUGCGUUAAGGACUGUAGGAAGAUAACUUUGGUGUCUCCAUUGAAUUCUCCCUCUGGUGGACGGCAAGGUGGUCAGAAAUAGAGGGAUACAACUCUGUCGCGACGCAGGGACUAGCGCGUGCAUGUACAUGUUGAGUAAUUGUCUUCACAGGGAGCUGUUGCCUGAAGGUGCCGCCCAGGGACACACGCAUUACUGUCACUUGUCUCGAUAGAAUCUGUUACCAUCCUGGGCGUCUGAGUAUCACUUAUGGUCCAGUGUUGAUGGCAGACCCUGCUAUGACGUUCGAUGGACGUCGCGAGUUCUGAACAUAGAGGGAAACAGUGGUUUAUAUGUUUCAACGACGAUACUAAGUUAUACAAUUCAUGGUAUCAUCGAAUGAUGUUUUAUUAUCUCGGGUAAUCAGCCAAUGAUGUAGUUAAAUUGUUUAAGGAGGAGAUUUUUUUUAAUUCUUUGUAAAUAUAAAUGUAUAUAAAGUUUUAUCCACAAAGCUGGACAAUAUUUUAUCAUCGUGAAGUGCUGAUGUAAACGACCUUGUAUAUAAUACAAUGGAUGACUAUUUAUCUAAGGAAAAUAAAUACCUAGGA